UUGUAAUGUACAAAUAAAAAAAAAAACAAAGUCUCGAGUCUGUAUGACUGAGAACGAAAGAUAUUUUUUUUAAGUCUGACGGUACUCAGUUAGUAUUAAAACAAGGACUCGAAAUUAGUUUACUAAAACAACCCAUUACCCAGGACUCAAUUCGUUCUAAAAAGUUGCACGGGACUCGGUUCGUAAUUCAUAUGCAGUCAUUUACCCCAUAGACCGUUGCACUCAGGCUACAGUUACACUCGUCCUUGUGACGGGGGUCGUCGACACAAGUUCGCGUUAAUUGUAGAGAACGAAACAAGAAGUAAUGGGAAAAUACUAAACAUAAAAACGAAAAUGACAUAUUAUAAUAUGACCGUCGCGGAGGGCGUUUGCGCGGUUUUCGGCCGUAACCUUUGGGCGAAGGGUACGGGCGGCCACGCGCCUGUCCCGACUUCCCUUCCCGACACCACGUGCUCGCAGGCUUUAUAUUCGAACACUCGGGCCCGCCGGUGGUUAGUACAGCUCGCGAAAAGCACCGAACUCGAUUAUACAUUCACGAACCGUCGUCGGCCUUUAGGUGUGCGGUAUUUUUAUCGUUGGUGUUUUUUUCCACUUUUCGACCGUCCGUCGUCAGCUAAUUGCUUGCCGGACACCGGAACAGUUGAUAUUUUACAAGACCGUUUUCCUAGACAAACAAGCCCACCAAUUUACGUACAUAAAAUGGGGUGCGGUGGUUCGACGAUGCCGAUGCCUGCCAUGCAGAACGAGGAAUUCAGCAAAAUGAAAUUGGAAAUACCAUCACCUAUAGCGUUUAGCGUUCCGUUGACCGAAGAGGAACAGAGUGUCGUAAAAAAACAUCCGCCGAAGAGACUGAGAAUGAUGGAGGGACAACAAUCACCGCCGCUAACCCACGAGAUGCUGUUGGAGAAACUGGCGGACGCUGAUAAUAGACGACAACAGAUCUUAAGCCAGAGGAUAGAGUCGGCGAAGACGCUGAUGCGACCGAGAUACAACAGCGCCAACAAGAUGAACGCCGACGAAGCGUUGGUGGAGAAUACAGACGACGUGGGCGACGAAGAUUCUUAAAAAAAAAAAUAUAUAUAUAUAUAUAAUAAUUAUACCUAUUUAAUAUUAUUUAUAUACCAUAAAAUAUGUCCAUAAUAAUAUUAUACUGUGUUAGACAAAAAGAUACUGUCGUACUGUUCACGUAUAUAUAUAUAUUAUAUACGUAUAUAAUAAUAAUAAUUAUUUUUAUUAAUAUCAUGAUAUUUUAUUAUAGCCGUUUACUUUUUA